UACGUCUUUUCUAUUUGUCAUUUGGUGUAGGGUUUUUCUGUCAAAGAUCUCGCAAAGGCCUAUCACAAUGUCGAAUGUAUUAACGCGUUUAACGGUUCAAACAAGUGCAUUUAUUUCGUCGCGGCAGCGCUUGGCAGUUUGCAAAUCGUUAUACAGAAACGUCAGCUAUGGCUAUGGCACAAAAUUACAGCCCAAAAACAAUCGUCGCCUUCUAUCGCUGCUGGGCUACAGCGCUGUCUCAUUGGCGGCACUCGGCGCGUUUAUCACAUUUCGAAGUUCCGUCAACAAAGCGAAUGCAAUGAGGAAGAAAAGCCUGCACCGCGACGAGACCGAGACUGAGAAUAUCAAGCUGACGGCGCGCGAAAGACGUUUUAUCAAAUUCGCCUCUGUGGAGUAUGGCGAUCAGUUGUAUAUGACUCCGCAGGACUUCCUAGAGUCUGUGGUGGAACAGGAGCCUAGACCCCGUCUUAAGCGUCGCAUCCUCAGCAACGAAGAGGUGGAGAAGUACAAGGAUCAAACGCCUGCUGUCAAAAAGGGUUCCUCUCGUCUAUUUCGUAAUCUCAGAGAUAAGGGCAUUGUUUCCUACACGGAAUACUUGUUCCUACUCUCCGUAUUGACAAAACCCAAGUCGGGCUUUCGCAUUGCCUUCAACAUGUUCGACACUGAUGGAAAUCAACGCGUGGAUAAGAUUGAGUUUCUCGUCAUUGUUUCGAUUUUGGCUGGUGCUUUGAAGGACAUUCAAGAUGUUGAUCCGAAAACAAAGGAACUUCUGCUCCGUUUAGUACCGUAUGAGGAUCCAAAUACUAAGAAUAAGCCCUCUCCGGAAGAACCUCCACGGAAAAAGGGUCUUAUGGAGCGCAUAUUCAGUGGCGCUUGGAAAGAAAAACACGGUGACCAAUUGAAUGAAGGUGAAGAAAAUUCAAACGAGACUCCCGAUGAGCGUGACUAUGUUAACGAUAGUGAGGGAUUGCAGCGACGUCACCAAGUUGCCACCACGUUGCAACUGCAUUUGUUUGGCAAACGGGGAACCGGCGUCAUCAACUACGAUAACUUCUAUAAGUUCAUGGACAAUUUGCAAACGGAGGUGCUUGAACUCGAAUUCAAUGAGUUCUCCAAGGGUCAGACCCAUAUCUCAGAGCUGGACUUUGCCAAAAUUCUGCUGCGUUACACGUAUCUGGCCACCGAUGAGUAUGAUGUGUUCCUAGAGCGUCUGCUGCAUCGCGUCAAGGACGAGAAGGGAAUAUCAUUCAAUGAUUUUCGCGAUUUUUGCCAUUUUCUAAAUAAUUUAGAUGAUUUCACCAUUGCCAUGCGAAUGUACACGCUGGCCGAUCGUGCAAUCUCCAAGGAUGAGUUUGCGCGUGCUGCUAAAAUCUGUACUGGAUACAAUUUGAGUGAGCAUUUGAUUGAUACCGUUUUUGCCAUAUUCGAUGCAGACGGCGAUGGUCUGUUGCAUUAUAAGGAGUUUAUAGCGAUCAUGAAGGAUCGCCUUCAUCGGGGCUUCAGACCUGGUGACGAUAUCAUUAAGAUGCGUUAUAAAAAAUCAAAUGACUCUGAUGCCAGUUCAAAGUCGGUGGCCAAAACCGAGGGCUGGGAUGCCUUCAAGUACUGCCUGAAUCAAGAAAUGAAAGCACUAAAAAAAGGAUCCAACUAAGUGUCAACUGACUGAUUGCGCAGCCGUAGUACAUAUGACAGAAGAUGAAGCGAAAGUGACGCCAAAGUGAAACAAAACACACAAAAAUUCUAGUUACCAAUUUUUUCUUCCAAAGAAUCAAAAUCUCUUGUUUUAGCUCCAAGUACUUAAACCAAUUGUUUAUUAUUGUUAAACUUUAAAAUUGUUAUGACUUUGUUGAUCAAAACUAUGCCAAAACUUAUAUGAUUUGAGAUCUUUAUGAGCACUAGAACACUAACAAAUGCAGUUAACUUACCAAAAGAUAAAUGAAACCGACAACGAAUAAAUACAAAAUUCUUA